AUGUUAACUUUGGUAAGUUAUGCUACAUUAGGAAUUUGUACUUAUUAUAAGUACAAGACAGAAUGUUUGAAAAUAAAUGUACACAUGAUUAACACAUUUUUAAAUGGCUGUCAUUACAGCCCCUGAAUUUGAAGCCAGUAAGACCUACAGUGGGGAAAAAAAGUAUUUAGUCAGCCACCAAUUGUGCAAGUUCUCCCACUUAAAAAGAUGAGAUAAAAAUCCAAAAAAUCACAUUGUAGGAUUUUUUAUGAAUUUAUUUGCAAAUUAUGGUGGAAAAUAAGUAUUUGGUCACCUACAAACAAGCAAGAUUUCUGGCUCUCACAGACCUGUAACUUCUUCUUUAAGAGGCUCCUCUGUCCUCCACUCGUUACCUGUAUUAAUGGCACCUGUUUGAACUUGUUAUCAGUAUAAAAGACACCUGUCCACAACCUCAAACAGUCACACUCCAAACUCCACUAUGGCCAAGACCAAAGAGCUGUCAAAGGACACCAGAAACAAAAUUGUAGACCUGCACCAGGCUGGGAAGACUGAAUCUGCAAUAGGUAAGCAGCUUGGUUUGAAGAAAUCAACUGUGGGAGCAAUUAUUAGGAAAUGGAAGACAUACAAGACCACUGAUAAUCUCCCUCGAUCUGGGGCUCCACGCAAGAUCUCACCCUGUGGGGUCAAAAUGAUCACAAGAACGGUGAGCAAAAAUCCCAGAACCACACGGGGGGACCUAGUGAAUGACCUGCAGAGAGCUGGGACCAAAGUAACAAAGCCUACCAUCAGUAACACACUACGCCGCCAGGGACUCAAUUCCUGCAGUGCCAGACGUGUCCCCCUGCUUAAGCCAGUACACGUCCAGGCCCGUCUGAAGUUUGCUAGAGUGCAUUUGGAUGAUCCAGAAGAGGAUAGGGAGAAUGUCAUAUGGUCAGAUGAAACCAAAAUAUAACUUUUUGGUAAAAACUCAACUCGUCGUGUUUGGAGGACAAAGAAUGCUGAGUUGCAUCCAAAGAACACCAUACCUACUGUGAAGCAUGGGGGUGGAAACAUCAUGCUUUGGGGCUGUUUUUCUGCAAAGGGACCAGGACGACUGAUCCGUAUAAAGGAAAGAAUGAAUGGGGCCAUGUAUCGUGAGAUUUUGAGGAAAACCUCCUUCCAUCAGCAAGGGCAUUGAAGAUGAAACGUGGCUGGGUCUUUCAGCAUGACAAUGAUCCCAAACACACCGCCCGGGCAACGAAGGAGUGGCUCUGUAAGAAGCAUUUCAAGGUCCUGGAGUGGCCUAACCAGUCUCCAGGUCUCAACCCCAUAGAAAAUCUUUGGAGGGAUUUGAAAGUCUGUGUUGCCCAGCGACAGCCCCAAAACAUCACUGCUCUAGAGGAGAUCUGCAUGGAGGAAUGGGCCAAAAUACCAGCAAAAGUGUGUGAAAACCUUGUGAAGACUUACAGAAAACGUUUGACCUGUGUCAUUGCCAACAAAGGGUAUCCAACAAAGUAUUGAGAAACUUUAGUUAUUGACCAAAUACUUAUUUUCCACCAUAAUUUGCAAAUAAAAUCAUUAAAAAUCCUACAAUGUGAUUUUCUGGAUUUUUUUUUCUCAUUUUGUCUGUCAUAGUUGACGUGUACCUAUGAUGAAAAUUACAGGCCUCUCUCAUCUUUUUAAGUGGGAGAACUUGCACAAUUGGUGGCUGACUAAAUACUUUUUUCCCCCACUGUAUGUGUAGAAGUAUGAGGCACUGCUCCUGGGCGGUCUGCCUGAAGAGUGUCUGGCCAGAGCAUGAGUAAAAGUCAUCAGCAAAGUUCUCAUCAGUGCAAUUACCCCAACUACCAACAUUUGAAGUUGGAAGUUUACAUACACCAUAGCCUAAUACAUUAAACUCACAAUAGUUUUUCACAAUUCCUGACAUUUAAUCCUGGUAAAUAUUUCCUGUUUUAGGUCAGAUGGGAUCACCACUUUAUUUUCAGAAUGUGAAAUGUCAGAAUAAUAAUAGAGAAAAUGAUUUAUUUCAGCUUUUAUUUAUUUCAUCACAAUCCCAGUGGGUCAGAAGUUUACAUACACUCAAUUAGUAUUUGGUAGCAUUGCCUUUAAAUUGUUUAACUUGGGUCAAACGUUUCAGGUAGCCUUCCACAAGCUUCCCACAAUAAGUUGGAUGAAUUUUGGCCCAUUCCUCUUGACAGAGCUGGUGUAACUGAGUCAGGUUUGUAGCCCUCCUUGCUCGCACACGCUUUUUCAGUUCUGCCCACAACAUUUCUAUAGGAUUGAGGUCAGGGCUUUGUGAUGGCCAUUCCAAUACCUUGACUUUGUUGUCCUUAAAACAUUUUGCCACAACUUUGGAAGAAUGCUUGGGGUCAUUGUCCAUUUGGAAGACCCAUUUGCGACCAAUCUUUAACUUCCUGACUGAUGUCUUAAUAAUAAUAAUAAUAUGCCAUUUAGCAGACGCUUUUAUCCAAAGCGACUUACAGUCAUGUGUGCAUACAUUUUUACGUAUGGGUGGUCCCGGGGAUCGAACCCACUACCCUGGCGUUACAAGCGCUAUGCUCUACCAAUUGCUUCAAUAUAUCCCCAUAAUUUUCCUUCCUCAUGAUGCCACCUAUUUUAUGAAGUGCACCAGUCCCUCCUGCAGCAAAGCACCCCCACAGCAUGAUGCUGCCACCCCCGUGCUUCACGGUUGGGAUGGUGUUCUUCGGCUUGCAAGAAACCACCUUUUUCCUCCAAACAUAACAAUGGUCAUUAUGGCCAAACAGUUCUAUUUUUGUUUCAUCAGACCAGAGGACAUUUCUCCAAAAAGUACGAUCUUUGUCAACCACAGCAUGAUAUAAAUGUAAAGGCAAUGAACAGCUGCUCUACAGCAUGAUAUAAAUGUAAAGGUAAUGAAGAGCUGCUCUACAGCAUGAUAUAAAUGUAAAGGUAAUGAAGAGCUGCUCUACAGCAUGAUAUAAAUGUAAAGGUAAUGAAGAGCUGCUCUACAGCAUGAUAUAAAUGUAAAGGUAAUGAAGAGCUGCUCUACAGCAUGAUAUAAAUGUAAAGGCAAUGAAGAGCUGCUCUACAGCAUGAUAUAAAUGUAAAGGUAAUGAAGAGCUGCUCUACAGCAUGAUAUAAAUGUAAAGGUAAUGAAGAGCUGCUCUACAGCAUGAUAUAAAUGUAAAGGUAAUGAAGAGCUGCUCUACAGCAUGAUAUAAAUGUAAAGGUAAUGAAGAGCUGCUCUACAGCAUGAUAGAAAUGUAAAGGCAAUGAAGACAGGGUAUAUAACAAACAGCUCAACAAAGACCAUAUAAAUUGAAAGUGUGUCCCAAAUGACACUCUAUUCCCUAUAUGGUGCACUACUUCUGUAUUAGGGCUCUUAUACGGCUAUGGUCUAAAGUGGUGCCCUAUAGAGUGAAUGGGGUGCCAUUUGGGAUACAAACCAUGGACCAUUCUGGUUCAGUACCAGUAACAGUUUUCCCAUUGAAAUUAAACUUCACUUAAACCAUUACAGAUGUCAAAUCCCCUUAAUGGGUAACAUUUUCAUGCUUUGUCAAUUUGUCCAAAUCCCUUUUUACUCCAGAAGCAUGACCAAUCUGGAUUUAACAGCCUUAAUAAAAGUCAUGGCUUCCUGACAAAAUGUUAUUAUAAAAAAAUAAAAAUAAAAAUAAAAUAAUAAUAUGCAGUAGCAAACCGUAGACUGGCUUUUUUAUGGCGGUUUUGAAGCAUUGUUUUCUUCCUUGCUGAGCGACCAUUCAGGUUAUGUCGAUAUAGGACUCGUUUUACUGUGGAUAUAGAUAAUUUUGUACCCGUUUCCUCCAGCAUCUUCACAAGGUCCUUUGCUGUUGUUCUGGGAUUGAUUUGCACUUUUCGCACCAAAGUACGUUCAUCUCUAGGAGACAGAACGCGUCUCCUUCCUGAGCGGUAUGACGGCUGCGUGGUCCCAUGGUGUUUACACUUGCAUUCUAUUGUUUGUACAGAUGAACGUGGUACCUUCAGGAGUUUGGAAAAUGCUCCCAAAGAUGAACCAGACUUUUGGAGAUCUACAAUUUAUUUUCUGAGGUCUUGGCUGAUUUAUUUUGAUUUUCCCAUGAUGUCAAGCAAAGAGGCACUGAGUUUGAAGAUAGGCCUUGAAAUACAUCCACAGGUACACCUCCAAUUGAGUGAAAUUAUGUCAAUUAGCCUAUCAGAAGCUUCUAAAGCCAUGACAUCAUUUUCUGGAAUUUUAAAGGCACAGUCAACUUAGUGUAUGUAAACUUCUCACCCACUGGAAUUGUGAUACAGUGAGUUAUAAGUGAAAUAGUCUGUCUGUAAACAGUUGUUGGAAAAAUUACUUGUGUCAUGCACAAAGUAGAUGUCCUAACCGACUUGCCAAAACUAUAGUUUGUUAACAAGACAUUUGUGGAGUGGUUGAAAAACUAGUUUUAAUGACUCCAACCUAAGUGUAUGUAAACUUCCGACUUCAACUGUAUAUGCUAAAGGUAUAAGGCUACACAUCAAGUUUACCAACAAAAUAUCUAAAUGCAUUGACUAAUAUAUUGAUAUAUCCUUGUAGCUUGUGGACCCUGAGAUCUUUGAGUACAGUGGCAUUUGGCCCAAAUAUCAUUUCGUCCCAGCUGCAAACCUCACUUCAGCCCUGGCUGCUCAGCUCUUGACGCCAAUCAAGUUUGAGUAUGCCAAUGGUGUUGUGGGUAAGGUAUUUGCCCCCACUGGUGUCUCUGAAACAGUGCUGAAUAUCCAUAGAGUUAUCCUGAACAUCCUUCAGCUCAACAUCAAGAAGACACAGAAUGUCUAUGUGUUGCAGGAGGUAAGACUUGUAUAUUUUCAUAUUCACACAUACUGUAUAUCUUUAUAUGAUUAAUGUUUGAACUUCUCACUCUCCUUUGUAUUACCUAGGCUGGAGCUCAGGGAGUGUGCAAGACCCACUAUGUGAUCAGUGAAGAUGCCAAGGCAGAGCGCAUCGAUUUGACCAAGACCAAGGACCUGAAUCACUGCCAGGAGAGAAUCAUGAAAGAGUUUGGUCUGGCUUACACUGAGAAGUGUGUUGAGUGCCAGCAGGUAGGAGCAAAUGUAACUCGUUAUUGGCUUUGGUGGACAUCACUAAACAACAGAUAUUCUAGCCUAGUAGAAAUAUAACUAACAAUACAUUUUAUCUACACAGAGAGGAAAGAACAUGAGGGGAGCUGCAGUCUACAACUACAUCAUGAAGCCCACUGCCACUGGUGCUAUGAUCCUGGAUGCCACUGUUACGGAGCUCCAUCAGUUCUCACCUUUUAAUGAGAUGACUGGCGCUGCCCAGAUGGAAGAAAAGUAUGUUGACUGAUUUGUAAAAAUACAUCUUAAGGUGUAAUGCAUUGUAGGUACACUGUAUACAGCAUCUAAAAUUCUUAAUGAUCUUAAAUUGCCUGUUUACAGACAAACCUUGGCUUUUGUUGAGAUCGAGAAGAUCCCAGUUAAGCCCAUCAAAGCAGAAUAUCUUCACCAUGGAUCCACUCAGUAUGAGUUUGCCACUGAGAUUCUCCAGACACCGAUUCAGCUCCUUAGGCUCAGCAACGCACAUGAUCAGGUACAGUGACAAGUAGUACCUUCCUCUUGAGUUACAGGAGAUUAUCAGUAGUGUUUUCUUGAAUUAUGCUCCUGAUAACCUUUCAAAAUAUUAAUUCCUUCUCUCGUAAGAUUAUGGAGAUUCUGAACCAUCUGGUUGAAAACAAUGUGGCUAAGGUCCAUGACGAUGCCCCUCUGAAGUUUGUUCAGCUUGUCCAGCUCAUGCGUAUGGCCAGCUUUGAAACCAUUUGGGUGAUCUGGCAUCAGUUCAAGGCCAAGACAGCUUUCAGGUACUUUUCAAAUAAUCUUUGGGAAACAAAUAUCAUCAAAAAAGCCAGGCACAGUACUAAAGUCAACCUUCCACUUUUUCAGAUGCUGGAUCCUGGAUGCUAUCCCUGCAAUUGGAACUCCAGUUACUCUGAAAUUCAUCAAGGAGGAGUUAGAGGAUGGUCAAAUGGCUAUUUCUGAAGCUGCUCCAGCUCUGGUGGCCGCUGUGCACAUGGUGAUAGCUGAUGUGGAGGCCAUCAAGCUUUUUGAGCUUACGAUUAGGUUUAAACUUUAUUUUUAAAUCCUGGUUAAUAUGACUGAAAACAAUCCUUUCUGCACCACCAGACACUGGCUUUCAACCGCAAGAUUCAGGCAAACCCAGUUCUGCGUGAGGUCGCCAUGCUUGGUUGUGGUACCAUGAUUUCCAAGUAUUGUGCUGCAUAUCCCACCUGCCAUGCUGACUUUGUGAAGGUAAAAUAUUUUUUCCAUAAUCACAUCACAUUCAGUUAUUACUUAUUGGAUGAGAAUGAAACUCUUCAUGGGUCUUUCAACCUCCACAGCCCAUCCAUGAUCUUUCUGUUGAGGCUAUCGCUAAGGGCAACUUUGAAGAAAUCACAAUGGUUCUGAAUUGUUCUUGGCAAUGCUGGCCAUCCUGCUAGCCUUAAGCCCAUCAUGAAGCUCCUGCCCGGAUUUGGAACAGCUGCUGCUACUCUGCCAUUGAGAAUUCAGGGUGAUGCCAUCUUGGCUCUGAGGAACAUUGCCAAGAAGGAGCCCAGAAUGGUGAGUAUUGCUCCUCUCUGUCAGUUAACACCACCACAUCUUAUGAUAUAUUAACAAUCCACUUACCAUUUUAUAAUUCGUUGUUUUAGAUCCAGGAAGUCGCUGUGCAGUUGUUCAUGGACAAGGCUCUUCACCCAGAGCUCCGUAUGUUUGCCACCGUUGUGCUUUUCGAAACAAAGCUCCCCAUGGGUCUGGUAACUACUCUUGCUGAUGCAGUGGCAAAGGAUGCCAAUCUGCAGGUUACCAGCUUUGUCUAAUCUCUCAUGAAGACCAUGACCAAGUGCACCGCCCCUGACUUUACCUCAGUGUAAGAGCACUCUUCAAUUUCUCAAUACAUGUCGUAUAGAUUUGCAUCUGCAUUUGAAUCUAAUUGCAUUGUAUUUUCCCAUUUAGGUGCUGCUGCCUCUAAUGUUGCAUUCAAGAUCCUAAACCCCAAAUUUGACAGACUGAGCUUCCGUUUCAGCAAAGCCACCCACCUGGAUUAUUAUCAUUGUAAGGGCCUCAUGAACUGAACUGCUACAAUCUUAAUGGUUUCUCUCUCAUAUGUUGGCUUAGUGAUUGUUUUCUUUCUAAAGCUCCUCUGAUGAUGGGUGCUGCUGCCAGUGCUUUCUACAUCAAUGAUGCUGCCACUGUUUUGCCAAGAGCCAUUGUGUUUAAAGCCCCCACCUACCGUGCUGGAACAGCUGAUGAUGUUUUGGAGGUAAAAACAGUUCUUCAAAACUAUUUAAAAUGAUUAUGAUUCAGUGGUUCCGAAACCCUCUUUUAACGAGCUUUCUCAGAUUGGAGUGAGAACCGAGGUAAUCCAGGAGGCUGUUAUGAAAAUGCCCAAGGCUCCUGAAAAUCUUCAGUCAUUAAGGCUGUAAAUAUCAAGAAUCACGUAAUCUCACAAAUGUAUCUCCAAAGAAUCAAUGAUUAGGUUUUUUAAAUGAAGUUGAUGAAGUUGAUCAGUCAGCUUUGCUCUACUAAUCUAACCACAGCUGUCUGACUGGAGGUCCCUGCCUUCAACCGAGCCCUUGGCCUCCGUGUACGUGAAAUUCUUUGGACAGGAAAUUGCCUUUGCCAACAUCGACAAGGCCAUCAUCGAACAGGCAAUUAAUGUAUGUAUUAUACUCCUUUAUACUACUUUCUGGUCAGGAAAGCUGGAAAUUCUUAAACCUCUUUCACAGUUGACUUUCACAGUUGUCUUAUGUCAUCACAGCUAGGUAGAUGGCCAAUGUUUGUUUCUCUACAGCUUACAACUGAACCUGCUGUUCAGGCAGAGGGAAAGUUGUCCAUGAGAGCACUGCUGUCUGGAGCUGCUUUCCAGUAUGCUAAGCCCCUGCUUGCUGCCGAGGUGCGUCAUAUCUUCCCCACCGCUGUUGGUGUGCCCAUGGAGCUCAGCUUCUACACUUUUUUGCUGACGUUUACUGACACCGGCCAUAUUCAACGGGUGUUGUGCGUUCGUAAAAUAAUCAGUUAUUCUGUGCUCUGGCAUACUGAAUUUAUGAAUGCACCCGAAAUGGUUGCUUACAUAGUGGAGUCUUUUGUUAAGACAUGUAGCUAGCGAGGUAAACACUGAACCGUAUUCCCAACUCAUGACGUUACUACCCUGCAUGAAUCUGCAGGUACCUAACCAACCAGGUUCAAUGUUAGCUAGCUAACAUUAAGGUCUAAUUAGCCAAGCAAAGCCAAGCUAAACAAUUAACCAUAAUCCCAACUCAUGACGUUACUACCCUGCAUGAAUCUGCAGGUAGCUAACCAACCAAGUUCAAUGUUGGCAAGCAAAUGGCUCUGAGAUACGAAUGAUAAGAUCAUACACGUAACAUUAGCUAGUGAGCCAACCAGCUAACGUUAGCUAGCUAGCUAACAGUACACAUUAACAUGAAAUGAAACCACUUUUUGUCAAAAUUAGAAAGUGUAAUAUCUGAAAAUGUAGCUAGGUAGACAAUCUUACCCGUAUACAUCAUGCAUGAUGGGCGUGUCUCCCUGUAACGGAUGCCAUGGUUGCCUUUAGUUUGAAGAUGUAAUCCAGAGACAGGUGUUUUCUCCAUCUCUUUAGCUAUCAUACUCUAAUUCCACGGAUUUCAAAACUCGAUCCUCCAGAAAGUGGAGAGCAACACUUAUUCAGCUCCACUACACAAUAUAUUUUUUUAAAAGCUGCGUUAGACAGGAUUACCUAAACAUACUGACCAGCUCAAAUAGACAGAAGCGUGCUAUAUGGCAGACCAAUCCGAACUCCGAACUCGGCAUGUCCAGCCCACUCAUUAUCUCAGCCAAUCAUGGCUAGUGGGAAGGUUGCCUUCUUUUUACUGUGGCUUAACCAACUAGGCUUGUAAUUUCACAAUUGUAUUCGUAUAUACAGAUGGCAUACAAGUUUGUUAUUAAGGCACAUGAAAGUUCACAUGUUCCAGAAGGCAUUUCUGCCAAAGAAACGCAUUUUGAUUUUUAAAAAAAGUUUACAUUCAAAUGGCUCUCCUGUGAAGUAGUGACCCGCAACAUACACCUACUUUCCUGAAACGAGUCACAUAUACAAUAUGUGCAGCUAUUAGUGAUGCUUGGUUAUAUUAAACCUGAGUUGGUAUACUUAUUUUGCUUGCAGCAUCCAAUCGCUAAAGCAAGAACCUCCAGCAGAAGCAGCGCCUCCAGCUUUGAGGCUAUCUACAAACGGGUGAAACGUCUAUAUCAUAACUGGGGCUGUGUAUAAUUCUUCUCCAUUGGUGACAAUGGGAGUGAGUGCGAGGAUUAACUAACACUGUGUCUUUUCAGGCCAAAUACAGUGAGGGAAAAAGGUAUUUGAUCCCCUGAUGAUUUUGUAUGUUUGCCCACUGACAAAGAAAUGAUCAGUCUAUAAUUUUAAUGGUAGGUUUAUUUGAACAGUGAGAGACAGAAUAACAACAACAAAAUCCAGAAAAACGCAUGUCCAAAAUGUUAUAAAUUGAUUUGCAUUUUAAUGAGGGAGAUAAGUAUUUGACCCCCUCUCAAUCAGAAAGAUUUCUGGCUCCCAGAUGUCUUUUAUACAGGUAACGAGCUGAGAUUAGGAGCACACUCUUAAAGGGAGUGCUCCUAAUCUCAGCUUGUUACCUGUAUAAAAGACACCUGUCCACAGAAGCAAUUAAUCAAUCAGUUUCCAAACUCUCCACCGUGGCCAAGACAAAAGAGCUCUCCAACGAUGUCAGGGACAAGAUUGUAGACCUACACAAGGCUGGAAUGGGCUACAAGACCAUCGCCAAGCAGCUUGGUGAGAAGGUGACAACAGUUGGUGCGAUUAUUCGCAAAUGGAAGAAACACAAAAGAACUGUCAAUCUCCCUCGACCUAGGGCUUCACGCAAGAUCUCACCUCGUGGAGUUGCAAUGAUCAUGAGAACGGUGGGGAAUCAGCCCAGAACUACACGGGAGGAUCUUGUCAAUGAUCUCAAGGCAGCUGGGACCAUAAUCACCAAGAAAACAAUUGGUAACACACUACGCCGUGAAGGACUGAAAUCCUGCAGCGCCCGCAAGUUCCCCCUGCUCAAGAAAGCACAUAUACAUGCCUGUCUGAAGUUUGCCAAUGAACAUCUGAAUGAUUCAGAGUAGAACUGGAUGAAAGUGUUGUGGUCAGAUGAGACCAAAAUCGAGCUCUUUGGCAUCAACUCAACUCGCCGUGUUUGGAGGAGGAGGAAUGUUGCCUAUUACUCCAAGAACACUAUCCCCACCGUCACACAUAGAGGUGGAAACAUUAUGCUUUGGGGGUGUUUUUCUGCUAAGGGGACAGGACAACUUCACCGUAUCAAAGGGACGAUGGACGGGGCCAUAUACCGUCAAAUCUUGGGUGAGAACCUCCUUCCCUCAGCCAGGGCAUUGAAAAUGGGUCGUGGAUGGGUAUUCCAGCAUGACAAUGACCCAAAACACACAGCCAAUGCAACAAAGGAGUGGCUCAAGAAGAAGCACAUUAAGGUCCUGGAGUGGCCUAGCCAGUCUCCAGACCUUAAUCCCAUAGAACAUCUGUGGAGGGAGCUGAAGGUUCGAGUUGCCAAACGUCAGCCUCGAAACCUUAAUGACUUGGAGAAGAUCUGCAAAGAGGAGUGGGACAAAAUCCCUCUUGAGAUGUGUGCAAACCUGGUGGCCAACUAUAAGAAAUGUCUGAUGUCUGUGAUUGCCAACAAGGGUUUUGCCACCAAGUACUAAGUCAUAUUUUGCAGAGGGGUCAAAUACUUAUUUCCCUCAUUAAAAUGCAAAUCAAUUUAUAACAUUUUUGACAUGCUUUUUUCUGGAUUUUUUGUUGUUGUUAUUCUGUCUCUCAAUGUUCAAAUACACCUACCAUUAAAAUUAUAGACUGAUCAUUUCUUUGUCUGUGGGCAAAUGUACAAAAUCAGCAGGGGAUCAAAUACUAUUUUCCCUCACUGUACCUUGGCAAUGCUGUUGCCCCAGCGUUGCCCCAGCCAUGACCAUCCUCAUCCGUGCAGUAAGAGCUGACAAUGACAUGCAGGGAUACCAGAUUGCUGCUUACUUGGACAAAGCUACCUCUAGACUGCAUAUCAUCCUGUCUAACUUUGCGCCAAAUGACAACUGGAGAAUUUGUGCUGACGGUGUUCUUCUGAGCAACCACAAAGUUAUGGUAAGGCCAUGUUUCCAAUGCCACUGUACUGUAAUGUCACAGUGCUUCAGUCUGUACUGCUUGAGGUCAUAACCAACAUAAUAAAAUAAACACAUCAUUUUGUUUCUGUCUCAGGCUAAGUAUGCCCGGGGAGUAGAGUGCCAGGAAUUUGAGACUGAAAUCACAGCCAAGACUGGUCUUGUGGGACCAGACCCUGCAUUCUGUGUGACCCUGACAUGGGAAAAACUUCCCCAUGGCCUGAAGCGCUAA